AAAGCGAACAGAAAGCAAGAAUAGUACAUAUCUGUAUACAUAGUAUAAAUAGUAUGUAGACUUUAUACUGUCCUUGAACCAGGCGUCCAGUGGUCGAGUGAGUAAUAUCUACUCUCUCAUUCUAAUGUGGUAGUGUGGGUACCCACUGCUUUUUGCAAACCGAAGUGCGCAGAUGCGCAGAUCACGAUCGGAAGGCUUUUUGAGAGGUGAUUCCUCACAAGGAAAAUUGACAACAAUAUAUCAAGCUUUGUAUUCUUUGUCCAGUGUUUUAAUACUUCUCAAGUGGUCGUACUGAAUAGUUGCUGAGUCAAGAUGGGUGUCCUGCCACAAUUGCAGCAAAGUGUAUUCGGUUUGUCUUUGGAAUCUGCUUCCAAAGUAAUUGGAUACAUCGUUCUGGCUUUUCGAUUUUUGGCUAUUACCUUAAUCAUUGUCUCUUACCAAGUAGUGAAAACAACUUUGCAUCAGCAUGAAGAAGUUAUCCAGAGAAUGGAUGAAAGUUUUGGAGAAACAAGAUUCCAAGGACAGGAUCCUAUCAAAGUUUUCAAUGCAGAACCGCUUAUGAAUUUAAUUCAAACAAUGCAAAUAGGAUUAUUCGUGUUUCUCGCUAUUUUUGAUGUGCUGAUGUUGGUUGGAGUUUACAAGAGACGCGCCUCAUUCAUAUUCCCAUGGAUCGUUGUGCAGGUGAUCUUUUUAUGCCUUGGAACUUUGCACUUGUUGAACGGUCAACAAGACCACGUUCUUACAGCUGUGCUUUCAUUGGUCCUCACCUGCUACUUCAUCUUAGUUGUCAACAGUCAUCAUAACAAUUUGAAAUUAGAACUCCAAAAAUUAUCUCCAAACAUUUAAUCACAGAACGAUAUUAGAAAGGAGCUAUCAAAAUGUAAAACUCCAAGAAGCCUUAUCAAGAUUUAAUUUUUUAAUUGGAAACUUAAUUAGAUAUGAUCAUACGUUUGUUUCAUUUUAGAUGAAAUACUCAGUAGAGUUCAAUGAUAUUACGGUUUAUUUGUUUAUUAUAAGUAUAUAGUGUAAGUGUAUUUUCCUCUUUUUCAAUUCUAAAGAAUAGUCUAUCUGUAAUAAGCCUUUAGUAUCGUUUGAUGUAUUAAUAUUUAGCAGUGAAUGAACAAGGAAACCUGGACCCAAUUUUGUUGAAUAUUUUCAAUCUAGGAUGCAAGCUUAGUAGAGUAGAAUGAUAAUGUAUUUUUUUAAUAACAGUAGGACUUUUUAUACAGUGAGUUAUUGUGCAAAAUUUGUGGAGCGGUGGAGGACUUCAAGCUUGAAUGCUUUUAAUUACAGUCGCUAUAAAUAAAUGCAUCAUAUGCAAUAAACUCUGAAUUUGAAUUGUCUUUUUUCUAGUAGCCGAAACAUGUCGUGACGAAAUAAUUGAAAAAGGGGUAGACUACUCAGAUUUAUAUUUUUAUUCUUAUUAAUUUGUAUGUAAUCACAGAUAGUGAUUCUAUAAAUAUAGUAUCUCUACAUGUAAUUAGAUGGCUAAAGCUCGAAACUGUUCCAAUCCUAAUUUAUAGAAAUGUAGCUAGUAUAGGUCACCUUCAUAUUUUUCAGUUGCACACCAAUUUAUAUUUCAAAACAAACAAGAAACUCAGAUUUCAAAUUUGAAAAUACUUUCAGUUUGUCGAUCAAAUAAAAGAUAGCAAUCAUUUCACAUUGUACUUGAUAGAUUUAAGGAUGGAUAUUGUCUUAAUUGAAGCAUUUAUGGAAUAGACAGAAAACUGGUCUUUAAUUUCAACACAAUCUAAAGUUUUGCGUGAUAUUUUUUACAGCCCAAUAUUCAUAGCAAUAAUAUAAGUCAACACUUAUUUAUUGAAAUUGAUGUUGCUUUCCAUGACGAAACACUAUAUAAUCACUUUGUUAUAGUUCAGACACUGUGUUAGAUACUUGUAAAGAAUUAUUAUUACAAGUAACACAGUGUCUAUUAUUACAGUAACACUGUGUUAGAUACUUGUAAAGAAUUAUUAUUACAAGUAACACAGAGUCUGAACUAUAACAAAAUGACUUAUUUAUUGUAGAAUAUUAACCAUGUUUCGACACCUAUGGUGUCAUAUUCAAUGUGAUAUCACCAUUGAUAUCAAAACAUGUUUAUUAUUCUACAAUAAUUAAGUGAUAUUUUUUACAACAUCCAAGAGUGUUUUCAUUAAUAAUAUAACGUAGGCUUUGUUUUUGUUAAUACUAUUUAGCAUAUAACUAUUCACUCUGUAUUGAGUAGCCUAUACACUUCAAAUAAGUUAUGAUCAUUUUGAGAAGAAAAUGGAUCAAAUAUUACUAAAAGUAUAAAUACAAUUGCCAGUAAUAAACUCAUCAUCAUAUUUUUUAUAAGAAUAUUUUCCGUAUGAACAAAAAUAGAAAUAUAGUGUCGAAAAUAUCUUGAUGAAAUCAUGAUUUACUACUACUUUAUAUCAACCAAUCAAGAAUCAUUAUUUAUAAAAAUAUUUUGUAUA